AUGGUCGGGACGACAGAGGAACACGAUGAAGACUACACCAUCGAGGGUGCGAAUGAGGCGCAGAAUGGCGCAGCGAGAGCGAGUCACGACAGCGUUGCAAGACCCUCCACCGACACAGCCAACAAAUUCCAGCAAGCAGUAGCAGCAUGGCGAUCGCUAGACCUGACCAAGCUGGUCUCAAGCCUGGACACGACUGCUGCAGACAUGGUGAAUCAGCAGAAGGAGUCACUGGUACACAGGAAAGAACUUGCGACAAAGACGAAGGAGUUCCGCAAACUGGGCGAUGCUGGCAAGCUGGGCGAGAUCAAGGACCUGCUCAAGAUGUACCAAGGCUACAUCGAUCUGCUCUCCAACCAAAGCAAAUCAGUCUCGGCAGCGUUCAUGCAAGCAUACUCACCCUUGUCAGAAGCACCGGAUCCAUACCCGCUGCUUGAAGCCUCCAUUGACUCGCUGGUCACGGCUGACGAGGUUGUACCAAAGCUGGAGUCGGAGAACGAAAGACUGCACAAGCAGGUGUCAACGUUGAACAGCGAGUUGGAAGGUACUGAGAAACAGUUGGAGGAAGAACGUGGGAAGAGGCAGUCCUUCGAAGGAUCGCAAGACAGUCGCAUCAAGGAAGUGGAAGAGUCGUGGUCCGCUGUGCUGAAGGAGAAGGAAGACAACUGGACAUCGAAAGAGCGAAGUCUGGAGGAGAAGGUUGAGAACCAAGACCGCUUGCUCAAAGAACUCAAGGCAAACUAUGAAGUGUCGCAGCGUCUGGAGAAGUCGGGCAAUGACACACCAGAUGUCGUUCGCAGUAGUGCUACAGCAGCCGAGCUCGAGAUUGCCAAUUCGGAACUGGAGAAGGUGAAUAUGCGACUGGCCGAGGUGGAAGCGAGGAACGAACAGCUGCGCAUGGAGCUGGCACAGUCUGCAAGUCAGUCGAACAGCUCGGCCAGAAGCACAGCAGUCGAAGAUGAUCCCUCAUUCUUGAGGUUACGGUCCGAGAACACAUCUCUUCUGCGCAAGCUAGACGCAGCGCGCCAUGACAAGGACGCGGCGAGGAAUGAAGUAGAAUCGAAGCUCCGCGGUGUGGAACGAGAACUCAAGUCGCUCAAGGCUGAUCGUGAUGCCUUGCAGACCAAGGUCAACAAGUGGAGUGAUUACGAAGAAGUGAAGCGCGAACUCGAUAUGCUUCGAGCUAUUGAAUUCUCGAGCAUCGAUGAUGUUGAUGAAGAUGCUUCACAUGCCAACGGAGCAACAGAAAAGGGGAACGGCGAAAGCCUGGAGCAACUACUUGUGGCACGAAACAAGAAGUUGAGCAAUGAGCUAACAGAGCUUCGUGUGUCUCACCAGGAGCUGCAGCGAAGGUUGGAGCAGCUGCAAGAAGACCUGUCAAGCACAAACAUGGACCUUGAGAAGGCGCGUAACCUCAACGCAACAUUGGAGAACGACCUACAGAAGACCCAGCAAGAAGCAUCGAAUGCGUUUGAGACCAUGUCCGUGGCCGGCACAUACACUUCGCGCUUUCCCAAGUCUCAGUAUGGCAGCCGUAGAGGUAGGGGAGGUACAUCACCUACAUCAUCCAUCAUCGGCGGCUUCGAGCCUGGGUCAUCUGGCACCGGCAGCCCAACUUUGGAGUCACUUCGGGCGGGCGAGCCAGUUGGUGGUGGCUCCGGUAUACUGCAGAUGGUGACAGCACAGCGCGAUCGCUUCAAGAAGAAGAUUGGCGAGCUGGAGACAGAGCUGCAGAAGCAAUAUCAGGUCGUGUCCUCAUUGCGGUCAGAAGUGGCAUCGCUGCAAAGAGACAACUUGAACCUAUACGAGAAGACACGAUAUGUGUCGACCUACAACAGAGGUCAGCCGUCAUCAUCAGGCGCAGCAUACGGAUCGAAUCCAAAUCCAUCAACUGUCCAAGUCGGCUCCGCAGACACGCCAUCAGGCCUGUCCCUCGAUCGAUACAGAUCUGCUUACGAGCAGAACAUCUCCCCCUUCGCAGCCUUCCGCGGCCGAGAAAGUGCCAGAGCGCUGAAACGGAUGAGUUUGCCCGAGCGCGUCGUCUUCCAGAUCACACGCAUGGUGCUGGCGACCCGCACGAGCAGGAACCUGUUUGCCUUGUAUUGCUUGGCCUUGCACUUGCUAGUGUUCGGCAUGCUCUAUUGGAUGGGCAGCUCAGACAUUGAGAAACACGCCAGUCACCUGUCGGCCAGCACGAUUGCUGGUUCGGGCGCUGCUGCCGCUGCCAAUGCUGGGACUGGUGGAGGUGCAGAUCUGGGUCAUGGGGAGUGGGAGCAGGAAGGGUUCCAAGCUGGAGGGUGA